AUGAUUAUCUUCCAGGACCUCAUCAGCCACAGUGAGAUGUUCUCUGACAUUUACAAGAUCUGGGAGAUCACAAAUGGGCUGUGCCUGGAAGUGGAGCAGAAGAUGGUCAGUAAGACAACAGGGAACACUGAUGACUCACUCAUUGGCAGAAAUUCCUCCUCUGAAAGUACUGAGGGUGAAGUAACUGAAAGCACGAUAAUCACUGGUGUUGAUAUUGUUACAAACCAUCACUUGCAGGAAAGCAGCUUCACAAAAGAAGCCUACAAGAAGUAUAUCAAAGAUUACAUGAAAUCAAUCAAACAAAAACUUGAAGAACAGAGACCAGAAAGAGUGAAACCUUUUAUAACAGAUGAAGAACAAAUGAAGCACAUCUUUGUUAAUUUCAAAAACUACCAGUUCUUUAUUGGUGAAAACCUAAAUCCACCUGGCGUGGUUGCUCUGCUGAACUACCAUAAGGAUGGUCAGUAUGACCCUAUAUAUGAUUUUUUAAAGAAUGGUUUAGAAAUUAAAAGAUGUUAA